AUGAGUAAUAUCAAAGAAAAUAACAGCACAAGUAAUAAAAAAUCUGUAAAGAACAACAAUACAACAAAAAGUAAUGUUGAAAAAAUGAAGGAAAAUGGAAGUGUUAAUGAAGACAAGUGCGGAGAGAAGAAUGACAUAGAAGAGAAUUAUAAAGAUAGGAAUAUAUCAAAAAAUUUGAGAAAUGUAAAGAAUGAAGAUGACAAUAGUACGGAUAGGGAUUCACAUGCUGUAGUUAAUAGUCAUAAUGCUUGUAAUAAUAUUAGUUUUAACAACGGGUUGGAGAAGGGAGAAGAGGAACAGCAAAAAAAAUCAAAAGGUGAGGAAGCAAAAGAUGAGGAAGCAAAAAGUGGGGAAGUGAAAGGUGAGGAAGCAAUAGGUGGGGAAGCAAAAAGUGGUGAAGCAAAAGAAGAGGAAGCAAAAGAAGAAGAAGCUAAACAAGAUGAUAACCAAAAGGAUGAAAAGGAGGAAGAAAAGAAGAAAAAAAAGAAAAAUAAUAAGGCAACAAAUUCUGGAAGUGUCGAAUAUUGUAAUAGCGGAGUAAGGAAGAAGGAAUAUCAAAGUGCAAAGGGUGGUAGCCACGAAAAGGUAAAGACAGAAGAUGGAAAUAUUGUCUCAGUGAAUAAUGGAAAUGAUAACAAUAAUAACAUGAAUUUGAAUAGUAGUAGUAUCAGUAAGAAGGAUGCUGGUGGACAUGAGCAUGGAAAAACCAUAAAAGAUAAAAGGCUAAUGAACAAGGGUAAUAAAAAUGAUCCAGUAAAUUCCUCGUAUAAUAACAACCCUAAUAGUAACAAUGAUUGGAGGAGUGGUAAUAAAGAAAAGCAGAAUGAUUACAAUAAUUCGGGUAUGAAAGAUUUAAAUAAGAAAAGGAAUUUUAACAAGAAUGAAAAUAAAAAUUUCGAUGGGGGAUAUAAUGGAAAUAUCAGUAAUACAGGUAAUAUGAACAGUUAUGUAAAUAAAACAAAUUAUAAAUAUGAUUACAAAAAUAAUAAGAACAAUUAUAACAUGAAAGGAGGGAAAAAUUAUAAAGUUCCACCACCAAGUAUGCAUCAUAAUAGCAGUAACAACAAUAAGAGUGCUCUGAAUUAUGAAGGUUAUAAUAAUAAUAAUAAUAAUAACAGUAACAAUAAUAAUAAUAAUAGUAGUAAUAAUAAUAUUAAUAAUAAUAAUUCUAGUGAGAAUAUGAUGGUGGAAUCUAUGAAUAAUAUGAUGAUGUAUAAUAGUAGUAACAAUUCUAAUUUUAGUUAUUUACCUAACUAUCCGUGUAAUUAUCCAUAUAAUUAUUAUCUAGAUGAGAAUGAUACUAAAAAUGUAGAUUUAUCGAAUUAUUAUGCAUCUAACAAGAUGUAUAACGCAGUUGCUGCAUCUGGAGGUGCAUCUGCGCUAGGAGGGAUAAGUGCGGGUUCAUCACCAGGAGCUGGGCCAGCAGUAAGUGUUGGACCGAAUGGAGCAGUUAUGCCAGAUGGUUAUAAUAAUGAUGGUAAUUAUGAUAACCGAUUUAAUUACAACAAUAUGAUGAAUGAAUUUUAUAAUUAUUUACCUUUUAAUUAUUAUUAUUAUAAUAUGAAUAAUUUAUACUUUGGAGGCACAAAUUAUGGGAACAGUGCUCAUAAUUUAUAUCAUGAUAAUAUAAAAAAUCGAAAAAAUAAAAAAUAUUUAUAUGAUAAAAAUAAAAAAAAAAAUUUUAAAAAUAUGACACCAUCAAAUAUGUAUAAUGAAAUAAAAAAUAGAGUAAUCGAUAUUUUCAGAAGAGAAAAUGUUAUGACAGAUGAUUAUUUAUUAUACUACAUGUAUAAUAAUGUCAAAUUGAGUAUUGAUAUAAUAGCUAAACAUCCUUAUAUUUCUCCCCUUGUUAGUAGUACGAAUAAUCAGAAUAAUAUGACCAUUCUAGCCAAUGUGUUAAACGAUUUGAAAUGCAUUAAUUUGAAUAAAAAAGAGGAUGGUUCUCUUGGAGAUAUUGAUAAACUCGCAGCAGAUCCCAGUGCAUCAUCAACUCUGCAGGCAUCUCCUGAAAAUGGAAAGAUUAACCAAAUUUCCUCGGAUAUUGUUUCCACUGAUAAAUUGUCAGUACAAGGUGGAGAUGUGCUAAAGAAGGUUAAUGAUAUCAGAACAAAUGUGGAACAAAACGAACAGAAUAAUAAGAGUGAUGAGAAGGAAAGUGCAAAAAUUUCUGAAGAAAAUAAUGAUAAAGGAAUGAUAAAUGAAAAAAAAAUCAAAGUUGAAAUAACAUCUGGAGCAGUAACAGAUGUAGAUACAGCAGGAAACGAUGAAGCCUCUUCAACGAGAGGAGGAAUGGGUUCUGAAGAUAAAAGAGAAGAUGACGUGAUCAAAGGAAAUGUAACUGAUUAUGACAAAACAUGUGUUGCAAAGGAGGAGGGUGCUGAAGAAGGAGUAGAUAAAAUUAUGGAUGAUACUGAGAAUUCCAUUAAAAACAAUGAAGAUGUAAAAGAAAAAAAAAUUAGUGGAGAAACAGAAACGAUGAAAGAAUCAGAAGAAAAUGCUUUACAUGCAGAUAAAAACAAAAUUAGUGAUAACAAGAACAUGAACACUAAAGCUGCAAGUAUAAACACAAACAUAAUAAAUGAUGUGGAUAGUAGUAGUAAUGUGAAAAUUCCGUUUGAAGAAGAUAACAAGAACUUUUUGCUAAAUUUAAAUAACAAGAGAAACAUUAUCAUUGUAAGAGACAUAAAUUCUCAUUAUAUUAACACAAUAAAAAGUAUUGUAUUGAACAGUCCAAAUAUUCAAUCGAGCGAUGUUUUAAAUAUUCGAAAUGAUGUCAAUAAUACUAUUUUCAUAACUUUGAGGAAUGAAAAAAAAACAGAAUCACUAGCACAGUAUUUGAAAACUAAAUCAGUGAACGAUAAAAAAUUAAAUGUGCGAAUAAAAACAUCGCAGAGAAUUCAAAAUAUUAUUGAAAACAAUAUUUUUAAAUCAGGAAGUAGUAUUAUGGUCAAUAGUAGUACUAGUAAUAGUAAUAUUAAUGGAUUCCCCCAAGGUAAUAACAUUAGUGGAAAUAUCAAUACAAACACAUCAUCCACUAUAGGAAUAAAUGCAAGGGGAGUUCACAAUAUGGCAACAACUAAUUCUACAAAUGGAAAUAGUACACAUGUCGGUGUUGGUGCCAAUGCUGCAGGUGGUAGUAGUAAUAGUAAUGGUUCAAUUCCUGCAGCUACUACAGCUUCUGCAGCUGUAACGGGAUCAGCAAAUUCAACAUCAUCAAAUGUUGUACCUAUGUCUUCCUCUUCAGCUUCUGCAGCUGUUGUUUCUGCUGCUUCUACGUCUAAUGCAGGAACUGUGACAUCGAAUGCUAUACCUGGUGGUGGAAGUAGUGUACUUGGUCAUCUUAAUAUGAUGGCAAAUUCUGGAAUUCCCAUGAGUCCAAAGGAUUAUAUUAAUUUUAAUAAUAUGUAUUAUCUCCCCAAUGCAAUGAAUGGCUAUGAUAAUAAUAUAUAUGCACAAAGUACUACAGCUAGCAAUCCUGCAUCUAAUUUUGACAUGUACAUGAAUUAUUAUAACUACAGUAUGGGAAACGUACCGUUUAAUGUGUUCCCCAAUAUGAAUUCGGCUGAUUCUUUUAGUGCAAAUUAUAAUAUGUAUCCGAAUUCUUAUGAUCAAACAAAUGAAAUGAAAAAUAAGCAUACAUAUAACAAAAAUAAAGCAAUUAAAUAUGUUCGGGUAGGAGGAAAUGAUGGAAAUAAUAUGAUUAGAAGUAAUGAUAAUAAUUUUAAUAACGUAGUUGUUGGUACAGGAAUACCACACGCAGGGGCAGGUGGAUUAGGAGGUAGCGGCGCUGCAAUAGCAAAUAAUGCAAAUGAAUAUUAUGCCAAUGUUUAUAACAAUUACAACAAUAUGUACAACAACAUGUAUAAUAAUAUGUAUAGUAAUAAUAUUCAUAGUAAUAUGUACCAUGAAAAUGGAAAUAAUAAUAAGAAUGGUAAGCAUAUGGAUGAUUUCAGAAGAUAUCAUCACAUAGACGGGAUGAACGAAAAAGCAGUACCAGCUGCAGCAGGAGCAGGAGGAAAUAACAAUGGUGGUGGUUUACACCAUCAUCGAAUGAACAAGAAUCAUAAGGACAACGAUUACCAUAAGGGAAUCAAUGGAUCAUUUACCACAGGAACGAAUGGAAGCAAUGGAAAUAAGAAUAACAGGGGUUCGACUAAUGAUAACAGCGGUAGCAGUAGCGUCAACAGUGGGAAUAACGGUGGGGAGAAGAAUCGAAGCAGAAGCAGCAGCAAUUGCAACAGCAGCACAUAUAAUGGAAACAACAACAACAAUAACAAUAACAACAAUAGUGGUAGUAACAACAAUAGUGGAAGUAACAACAAUAGUGGAAGUAACAACAAUGGCAAAAGUAACAACAGUAGCAGUAAUAACAACAAUAGCAACAGUAACAACAAUGGCAACAAUGGCAACAAUAACAAUAGUAGCAGCAAUAACAACAGUAGCAGUAAUAACAAUCAUAACAAGAGCAACCAUAGCAGGAACAACCAUAGCAAGAACAACAGCCGUGGGAAUAAUAAUGGACAUAACAACAAUGGCACAAGUAACGGAUACAAUAGCAAUAAUCGAAGUAACAACAAUGUUGGUGACAGAAUUGUAGGUGGAAGCACAAACAUCACAAGUCGUAUGGGUGGAAAUGGCACUGGAAGUAGUAAUAAUAAUAAAGGUACCAUGAAAGUUAAUGAGUAUAAUAAAAAGAACAAUAAGAGCAAUAAAACCAGUAACAGCAAUAAUAGCGGUAGUAACAACGGAAGCAACAACGGAAGCAAUAACAAAAUGAUAAAUAACAAAUUUAACAAAAAAGAGCUAGCUGUGUGGCAUGAUAAUAACAAUAAUAAUUUUCCAGCCAAAAAUGAAAACAAAUCAGUGGAAAAAAAAAAUGGAAAAGUCUAUUAUAAUAAAAAAAAUAAUACAAAUAAAAUAGCAGAGAAAAAAAACGAUUACCUCAUGGAGUUAGGAGGGAUGGAAGGAGAGAAAAAAAAAAAAAAAAAAAACGAUAAUAAGAAAAAAGAUGAUUCAUCAUUAUCACUCCAUGCUACUGAUUUUUUUAAUGACAGUGCCGUUAAAAUGAAGGAUAAAUGGAAAAGGACUAAUCCAAAAUUAAAGUAUGAUGAUAACUGUAAAGAAAUGGGAAAUCAUCAUGAACAGCAACUACGAGUGAGAGAUGGAGUAGCUCAUGGAAUUGAUGAUGAGGAUUGUGUGUAUGAUGUUGAUGUGGCAGGUAAAGAGAAUCACUCUAAGCAUCGAGAUGAAGACGAUUGUAUAUUCAGUGGAGGAAAUGCAAACCAUGUGGAUGAUGAUGAAAAAAUCGACAGUGAAAAGAAGAACAGUGACAGUGAAAGACCGCAGAAACAUUUGACGAAUGGAGAACAAGUAAGAAAGGAAGAAAAUAACAACACACAAAAAAAUGAUGAUGAAAAACAAUCACACAUAGAAAGAAAAAACAAAAAGGACAUUAAUGAUAAAAAUAAUCAACCAAUUAGUAAUGAUUCCAAGGAUCAGAACAACAAAAUUGUGUCAAGAAACAGCCCUGCAAAGAAAAAUUUUACAAAUAAAUUUUCUUCAAAUAAAGACAAAAAUACAAUUAAUUCGGAGGAGAAAAAGGCACUUAAGAAUAGGAACAACAAAAUGGAGGAUGUUGACGGAAGUAGAAAUGUCAGUGGAAAUAUUAGUGGAACUAUUGCAGGAAAUGAUAAUCCCAUGAAUAAUUGCAACACACAAAACCGUAAGAAGUAUUCCUAUGUAGAUAUUAUGGAUUCAUGUAAAAAAUUAACAAACGUAGAUGCCCCUCCUGAAUGCAUUGACAAGUUGAUGAAGGAAAACGUUUCUCUUUUUAGAAAGCGGGACGACAAGUUUUGUUGGAAGCUAAACGUUUUUUAA